CAUUGUCAAAUCAGUAGAAUUUCGUAGAACUUUGAGUUGAUAAUGAAUCAUGACCAACUGAUUCUUCUCCACUGAAAUCUCUCUGAGUCAUUCAAAACCACUCAAAAAUUCCUUCACUCACAAACCUCCCUGAGCCCAUAUCCUUCGAUUUCUCCAGUUCGCACCUUAGGUCUCUCUUUUAUUUUCUUUAUUUCAAAUUUUUUCUUCCCUAUUUCCGGUUUGAAAAAAAAUUCCGUUUCGGUAUUAUCUAAUUUCUUUAAAAAAUAAAGUUUUUGCAUUUGGUUAUUUCUCGUUUACUAUAUAGAUUUGUUUUUUCAUUUCUCUUAUUUAUUGUUAAUUUUGAAACUUGUGUUUUAUCGUGUUCUGUCUAAUACUUGUCUUUUGAUUAUAUUCAUCUGCUUUACUUCUCUUCUGUUUUUCAAAAAAAAAAAAAAAAUUGAAAAAAAAAAAUGGUUGAUGUUGCCGGGAGUAUUGGGGGAGUGUUGAGUCCUGUCCUUGAAGUUGGCAAAUGGUUGGCUGCUCCAAUUUGGCGUCAAUUUAAGUACUUGUAUAAGUAUAGUACCAAUUUCAAAAAGCUGGAAAAGGAAGUUAAAAAGCUGAAGAAUACAAGAGACGAAGUUCAGCAUAAGGUUACUGUUGCUGAAAGAAAUGUGGAAGAGAUCAAACAGAAUGUUAAAGACUGGCUGAAGGAUGUGGAGAAGACAAUUACAGAAGCAGAGCAGUUGAUUCAAGUGAAGACAAACAACCCUCCAUGUUUUAAAGGAUUGUGCUCCAACUACAAGCAAAGCAAGAAAGCUUUCAAAUUAAAGUGGGAUGAUAUUGAUCCCCUCCUCCAGCAGGAAAAGGAAUUCGAUCAAGUUUCCUUUCCUACUAUUCAACAAGAUAUCUGGCUUAGAUCUAGCGAAGAUUAUUUGACGUUCGAAUCAAGAAACUCCAUUAUGAAGAAUGUAUGGGAUGCUUUAAAUGAUGAGAAUGUGUACAUGAUUGGUGUUUAUGGGAUGGGUGGUACUGGGAAGACCACUCUUGUGCAAGAAGUUGGAAGGAAAGCGGAGCAGGAUAAUCUAUUUGAGGACAUUGCUUUUGUUGAGGUAACACAAACUUUGGAUAUAAAAAAGGUUCAAACAGAAAUUGCAGAGAAGUUAGGCGUAAAUUUCAGUCACGACAGUGCAAGAGCAAAUAAGUUAUAUGAGAGAUUGAAGAGAGGUAAGAAGAUCCUUUUAAUUUUAGACAAUAUUUGGGAAGAUGUUGAUCUCAAGACUAUCGGUAUUCCUUCUGAAAUGGAUCAUGGGGGAUGUAAACUAAUGUUCACGACAAGAACCUUAGAUGCAUUGCAGAAGAUGGGUUCCACAAAUAAUUUCAAGAUGGGCAUUUUAGAAGAAAAUGAAGCUUGGAACCUAUUCAGGAAGAUGGCAGGUGAUGUUAUACAAACAUGUGAAUUGAAUUCUCUACCGAAGGAUGUAUGCAAGGAAUGCGGAGGAUUGCCCAUCGUCAUUUGCACUAUAGCAAAAGCAUUAAGAAACAAGAGUCAUCCAACUAAUUGGAAAGUAGCAUUGCGAGAAUUAAGAGCACCAUCACCAAAAAAGUUCAUAGGACUCCUAGAAAAGGAAUACAUGAAGAUGGCCUUAAGUUACAAUUAUUUAAGGGAUGAAGAACUUAAGAAAAUGUUUUUAAUUUCCAGUCUAAUGGAAAAUAAUACUUCCAUUUCAGACUUAUUUAAACAUGUUGUGUGUUUGGAUAUACUUGAAGGAGCUAAUUUGACAAUGCAAGAUGCACGAGAUCGAUUGGAUAAAUUGGUUCGUGACCUCAAAGAUGCUAGUUUGUUACUAGACGGGGUUAGAAGCGAACAAUUUUCUAUGCAUGAUGCAGUUCGUGUUGUUGCUAUAACAAUAGCAUACGUUGAUCAUCAUGUAUUUACAGCAAAAAAUGACAUUGAACAGGAAUGGACGGAUAGUGUUAAACUCAAGAAAUGCACAAAAAUCUCCCUACAUGGUAGCAGUACUAUUGUUAGUCAAAUUUGGCAUAAUGAUUUGGAUUGUCCAGCUCUUGAAUAUUUCUAUAUGCCCAACUCUUACUUCAGAAUGCCGGAGGACUUCUUCAUAGUGAUGCCGAAGCUCAAAGUUUUAAAUUUAUUUAGGCUACACAGAUUGUCAUUGCCAUCAUCCCUUCAUCUUUUGAAAAACCUUCAAACAUUAUGUUUAGAUAAUAGCACAAUUAACGAUGUUGCUGUUAUUGGAAAGCUAAAAAAACUAAAAGUCCUUAGCUUGAAACAUUAAUGUAUUAUGGAGUUGUCUGAAGAAAUAGGUCAAUUGACUGAA